AUGGCUCUCCAUCUCCACCUGUGGUUCGAGGCGGUUGCACGCGAUCUCGGGCUAGGCCCAAUCUUGGGCCGGAAGAUCGUACCGGCUGAUUUUCAGCCAUAUGGCGGGUCUCCCGGGCUUGUCGAGAGCCGGGGCCACAUCUACUGUUUGGCGGCAAGGACUGCGGCGCCAUCUGAUCGGAAGAGUGGCCCCGAGAAUAGCGGUGGAUCAUUUACUAAGGGAAACUUUUUUAGGCGAGGAACUAAAGUUCUCACGGCCACUCGGGUGGCUCGUCAGGGAGCCACAAAAGGGGUGGAUCAUGAAGCGACUGCGCCGGUUGGCGGCCGUGCCGUCGUUAGCGGCCGCCAGCGAAGAGCAAAAAUAAACUGA